CCAGGAAGGUCUUAUCCUGCAAACACCGGGGUAAAACGAAGCUGGGACGAUCAAAGCACAGCUGGAGGAGGCCAGUCAAGGGGGUCCCUGCUGGAGUUGACCAUCGAGACUACAGAACAGCACAUCACAGGUUCUUCGGGCGGGCUGAUCACAGUCCACCUGCUGAGUCUCAGUGGCCAACUGAUGAUGACCUCACACACAGUGGGAGGAAGAACAUAUUGACCAGUUUUCUGGAGAGGAAUGUGCUGAGCCGUGAGGAGAGGUUCUUUUGAUUCUUGUGAUCGGAUAAAACAGACUGGGAGAAUUUUGUUCCUUUCAUUUUUACUACAAUUAUUGUCCUUUAUGCUUGGGAGGCCACGUUACCUCACGUGAGUAUCACUGGGUAAACAUUUACUUAGUUCACGCCUCUGAAAGCGUGCCCUAAAACAAGCGUGACUUUUAGCCAUACCUGCGGGUGCACAAUUAUAACAUCUCCGGGGAUCAAGUAAGUAUGUGUGCUGUGUUUCUUCUAAGAUGAAAAACAAUGGCAGUGACCAGAAAUGUCUGGCCUUUGACUAUAUUUGUCAGUUUCUUCUAAGUUCACCAUGGACUUGCUGCAGAACUCCAAUCAGAUCACGUGGGGACUGAACACCCGUUUGAAGGGCUUCCUGGAGCAGGUGAACAGGCUCCAGGAGACCAACCAACAGCUGGAAGCCCAGAUAACUGAAAGAGGCAUGAGAAACACCUCUUGCUCUCAGGACUGGUCCAAACAGGAAGUAGCUGUGAAAGAACUCCGUGCUCAGGUUGGCAAACUACUGUUGGAGAAUGCCCAGUUGGCAUUGCAGUCUGAAAGCAUGAAGUCCAGAGCUGCUGCCAUCCAGGCCAGGUGCGACACGGAAGAACGUAACACCAUGCGUCUGGAGCAACAGGUGGCUGUGCUGAGGGAGUCAAAGAAGAAGACUGAGCAGAGCAGCAUGAUUCUGCAGGCAGACAUUGAUCACUCCAUGACAGAGCUUCAGGAUAUAAACCAAGAGUAUGAGGUAGCCCGAGCUCUGCAGUUGCAGCGAGUCCCCUCAUGUGAUGCUCUGUUAGCAGCGACCACUGCGGCAGGUAAACAGGAAGACGAUGGAAGAGGGAUGGAGCUCACCAAACUCCUCGACCAAAUCAGAGCUCAGUGCAACCUGAACAGACUUGCCAACCACAAUGAGAGACGCCUCAGUGCAGGCUCAUAUUCACUUCCCAGCUAUACCGGGCCAAGCGAAUCUGAAGCUGGAGCUACAGCAGCAUCAACAACAACAACAACACACAGUGGAGCUCUCAUCGAGGAGAAAGCAGCAUGGGCACAGGUUAGCCUUGGCAGCAAUGCACUGAGGGAGGCUCGGGCAGAGUUAGCUGAGGCCCGGAAGCAGUGGCAGUCCCUUCAGGUGGAAAUUGAGACACUGCAUGCUUUGGAAAAAGGCCUGGAGAACUCCUUACAGAAUACCCAGCAGCUGUACUCCAGCCAGCUGCAGGAACUUUCCCAGGUGAUCACUGGGCUGGAGGGUGAACUAGAACAAGUGAGGAAUGGACUCGCCACACAGCGUCAGCGCCACAGCCAGAUGCUCAACACAAAGAUACGACUGGAGCGAGAGAUCUCCACUUAUAGACGACUGCUGGAAAGGGAAGAGGGCAGGUACAUGGUCCACAGUGAGCGGCAGAUGGGUUUGCAGCUCUGGAGAUCGUCUUUGCUGGAACCGAAUGAAAAAGACAGCAAGCCAAAGGAAAGCGCCGUACCCCAUCGGCCACAGAGCCUUGUGAUACUCACAGAACCACACGAAGAUAAACAUUUACCAAUCUCCACUGUGAAGACUCAGGAGAUUCUCCAGGGUGACGUAGUGCAGGAGAGUGCAGAGGGCCACGGCACUGUUGAGACCGAAAAGAUCGACAAGGUCAUUAAGCAGUGGGAGAGCUCUUUCUUCAGGGGGAAUCCCAAACUCCGAAAGAAGUCUGUGUCGCUGCGCUUCGACCUGCACAUGGCUGCUGCAGACGACGGGUGUGCCCGGACUGAACAUGACGGCCUCCCGGACGUUGAGGUGCGUCUCAUCAUGAAAAGAUCUCGCAGCAGUGCAACAAUCACACCCUAAAUUGUGCGAUUAGCCAGUGAGUGAAUACUGGAGUCCCUGCCUUAUGCUGCUGUCUGACCUUGAUAAAUGAAUAUUGAUUUGUAACCAAAGUUGCCAAAAUACAAUCUUGGAUGACGGUAUUUAACUCCAACUAAAAAUUGACAUGAGGAAAUGAAAGGUCGCAUAUCCCUUAAGACAAUGUAAAUUUUACGUUUGGGUCGAAUUAACAUGUGCACUAAUAUAUAUAUAUAUAUAUAUAUAUAUAUAUAUAUAUAUAUAUAUAUAUGCUUUUAGGUAGUAUUAAGCGAGAAAGAAUGAUGUAUUGGAAAUUGAGAUUGUGUUUAAAUGACGGUGAUCUUUGAAAGUGUUCCUUUUUAAUUUCAUUGUCUCGUUUGUCCAUAUCGCCGCCGACAUUGCCUUAUUUCGAGAUCAUGUUAAAUUCCUUUUGUUCCCAAAUGGCAGUCGAUUGAACCUGCUCCUUUCGUUAACCUUAAAUGUUGUGCUGAUUUUAGUUCAGGUGAAACUUGUGACGUGGAUGAUUCCGGGGAGGUCCUUCCUUGUGCAGUUAUUAUUGUCAUAAUCCCCGAAUGUUUGCACAGCUAAACCAUAACGCACUUAAAACAACUAUAAUAAAAUGACAUAGCAGCACUCCUAAUGUGUGUGUGCUGACAGCUGAUAAUUGCAUGCGGAAUUUCAAAGCUCACACGUGCAAAAGCUCUUUGCUCGGAUAUUGCUAUAUUUAUUCAAAGCCUUAACCCUGACACAUCAUCACGUCCACCCAAGUGGAGUAAUUAAUUUUGUGGUCCGCGCACAGUACCCGUUUUAGCCACACAGCGGCAGCAUUUGUACAUAGUGUGCUGUACAAUACCUGUCCUGUAGUACUACAGUAUAUUUUGCCCAAUACAACAUAUGCUAUUAUAUAUUUUAAUACAUUGAUUUUUAUUUACAUGUGGUAAAAUAUGUGCCACUGUGCAUUUCAUUUCCAUUAAUGUCUGUUUCAUGUUUCACGUAUUUCAAAUGAUUGUCGAUGCAGUUGUGCUUGAUUUUACUUUGCCUGAAGAUGCACACGCUCUUCACUCGGAGUAGGCCUACUUCUGUAACAUCCCAAUGAAAUAUUUUGUUUUCAGCUUACAAAUAAAGUGAAUAGGCUGGCUGAUGGUUGCGUUUAACCACAAAGCACUCAGCUAUGUUUACGUUGACUUUCUCUUCCUCUGAGAAUUGUACAUUCACAAUGUGCACUAGGACACAAGCUCAGCAUGUUUAUUCAUCAUAAC